GAUCUUCUAUUAGUGUUUUGGGUCGAACUAGGUUUUAGGUGUAGGAUUUCCUAUACCUUCUGUAUCUUUUAUUAAGGUUUUGGGUCUACAGACCUUGAUGACAGGCCCCAGAUUGUACCGCUAAAUUUACAUGUUCUAUAUUAACUUUUUAGGAAGUUCAAUUAAUUUCUCAUGGCAUAAAUUGAUUCCUUUUUCUUCUUGUGUAGGUUUUAACUAAUUUAAUUUUAUUGGUCACUGAAUAUAAUGUCAAAAUUCAGUUAUGUACGUGAUGACGAAGUAUCAUCCUACACAAUGAAAAAUGCAUGUCAAGAUAUGCAGAAUUUGAUUUGCAUGUUGAUUGUUACAAGGGCAAACCAAUUAGUUUGAAUCUGAAUUUGAUCUGCAUGUUGAUUGUUACAGGGGCAAACCAAUUAGUUUGAAUCUGAAUAUAGAUAAGUUCUUGUGGGGCUUCAUCCGUGCUUUUAUUUUUGAUUUGAAUCUUGUUCUCAGAUUAUUGGAUCCCACUUAUAUUGAAUCUGAGUAUAGAUAAGUUCUUUUAUAUGGAGUUCUAUAUCUUGAGUAGUGGAAUAUUGUCUUCCAUGGUGAUGUGACACCUAUUAGAAUGCUUUAUUCUCCGCAUUCUUAUAUCUAGUGUCAGAUGUAAGACACCAUUUUUGUUCCUUCUGCAUUGUGUUAAUUACAAAAUGCCAAAUGUACUAUGCUUAUAUUAUUUUCUAGGAUGCAUGAUUUGAAAGAUUUAUUUUUCUUGUUAGCUUUUUUAUAGAAGAAAUGGUGACACCUUUAGGUUUUAAUUAGAGCUACUUUUGAUGGAUUGUUGUUCUCAAUAGAUGGGCCACUAAAUUCCCUAUGAUUAGUGGUCGCAUUGCAUGCUUUCUAAAGGGUGUCUUAUCAAGAAACUCUUUUUGGGUGAGGUACUGCAAAUUGCAAUUUGCUUGAAGGUUCUUGGUCUCAAAGAAUUCAUUUAGUGAGAUAAAGUUUCAAUUUUUAUGAGUGCAAAACAUCAAUGAUGCUUUUCCAAUUUAGUAUUAAGUCUCUGAGGCUCAAUUAAGAGUCUUUUAGUUUCAUAAGAAUAAUCACAAGGUAGGAGCUAGCUUUUGUCUUGCUAAGAUUGAUCCUCUAGGUCUCCAAUUUUCUUAAUUGCGACAUUCCAUUAUUUGUUCUCAUCAUUUACGAAGAUGGUUGGCUAAAGGAGAGUUGGGCUUCUACUCUCGUUUCUUCGAAAUCUAGGCAUGAAAGAUGAAACUACUCUAUAGCCUUUCCUUUUCCUUUCAAUGGGUGUUUGAAGGGUCCUUUUGGUUUUUUGUUGCUAAGGUUUAGGUUCAUAACUGAUGGGUUGGUUCUAUGUGAGGUGAGAGGCAGAUUGUUGCCGCUGUGAGAGAUCUGCUACUCCGCUGGGGAGCCAGAACCCACUAGUUGGGAUUAGGGAGUAUUAUUUUGCAUAGAAUCUCUAGGGGUCAUAAGUUUUUUACAAUCCAUUUCAAUCCUCUACAAUCCCUCAAUGGGUUAGAAGUUCUUGAAUUGGAUGAGACUCAUUGAUCAUCUUAGACUGGUAAAGCUGGAUUGGUUUGAUGGAUUUUGAACCUUUAGGUCAUGAAUGGCAAAACUUUCUCCCAAGAGACUGUUGAACUUCCACUCUAUUCAAAUUAAUUUUCUUUGACUGAUUCCACCUAAGGGUUUCAUCCAUCUUUGACAGAUUGACUAUACUCUGGACUGAAUGUGUACCAGAUGGGAGGAUUGUUCAUUCAAUCUGGAAAUGUACCAACAGUAUCUUAUGAUCCAUUAGCAAUGAAUUGCCAGUGGAUGUUCUUGCUAAAUUUAGGAACAAUUGCUGUCUAGCAUUGCAUUUCACUGAAUGAUAGUAGUGCCGUUUAACUUUCUAUGGACAAGACAAUUAUGACUUCAGAUCAAUAUGGAAUUCUGAAAAUAAUAUCAACUCCAAAAGAAUUCCUGGCCAGAGAAACAAGCGAUGGCAUGAUGGUAAAUGUAGUUGAGGGACUCAAACUUCAUGAGAAUUUUCUGGAUAGCUCAGAAGUCACUGAACUUGUUUCAUUAGCUAAUGAAAUGAGAGCUGCUGGUCACAGAGGAGAACUUCCAGGGCAAACACUUGUAACACUGAAAAGACCGUUGAAGGGGCAUGGUAGAGAGAUGAUUCAGCUAGGUGUUCUCAUUAACGAAGAACCUAUAGAAGAUGGAAAUACAAUUCUGACCUCUGAAGUGAGGAAGAUAGAGGCCAUUCCUAGCCUGCUUGAUAGUAUCUUUGACUGCUUGGUUCAGCUGCAAGUUUUGCCAGUGAAACCUGAUUUUUGCUUGAUUGACUUUUUCCAUGAGGGGGAUUAUUCACUACCUCACACAUGACCAUCUUGGUAUGGUAGGCCACUUUGUAAUUUAUUUUUGACUGAUUGUGACAUUGUAUAUGGCCGAACAAUGGGCUCAGAUCAUAGGGGAGACUACAAUGGUUCUCUGAAGCUCAACAUCACACCAGGGGUGAAAUGUGUAAGAGAAGGCGGUGUUCACUUUACCAUCGAUGGCAAGGGAUUCUUCUACAAUGUGCUGAUCAGUAAUGUUGCAGGUGCAGGUGACAUUGUUGCUGUGAAGAUCAAGGGGUCGGCAACUGGAUGGCUUCAUAUGGGUCGAACUUGGGGCCAAAAUUGGCACAUUAGUGCUGACCUACAGGACCAAGCACUGUCAUUUGAGGUCUCUAGCAGUGAUGGUGUUACUCUCACGUAAGAAUUGGGCUUUUGGCAAGACUUUUGGGGGCAAGCAAUUACCAUUCUGAAUAUAAACAUCCAUUGUUUUCCUUCUUGUACUUGUAUUUUGUCUGUACAUAUUUGAGAACCAAGUUACCAAUGAAGAAAUCCAAUUUUCUUUUAGUACCUAUA